UCGCCGAGCGACGAAAUUAGGAGCGGGAGGGGGUGGGGUUGCGAGCGAGCCUUGGCGGCUGUGGUGCUGUCGGUGGCGGGGCGGCCUGCGGAGGUAUCAUGGCCGCUGCCUCGGAGCUUAAUCGUCCGAGUAGCGGUGACAGGAGCCUGGAGAGAAGCUGCAGCCCCAGCCUCACCCAAGAGGUGCUCUUCGAAAUCUUUCGCUCCCUGCACACUCUGACUGGACAGCUUAACCUCAGAGAUGAUGUGGUGAAAAUUACAAUCGAUUGGAACAAGCUCCAGAGCCUCUCGGCAUUCCAGCCUGCACUGCUCUUUAGUGCACUUGAGCAACACGUUUUGUUUUUACAGCCUUUUUUAGCAAAACUUCAGCCUCUCAUUAAAGAGGAGAAUACAACUUCUGUUGAAGAGAUAGGAAAAACAGAAGCAGAGGACCAGAAUGAAGCAAAUGCCAACUUUUCCACUGGCGACCUACAAGAGGAAGAAAAGCACAAAGAUUGUGAUUUAGGAGAUGUGAAAAAGACACAGAUCCAUUUUGAUCCAGAAGUAGUUCAAAUAAAGGCUGGAAAAGCAGAAAUUGACAGAAGAAUCUCUGCAUUUAUUGAAAGAAAGCAAGCUGAAAUCAAUGAAAACAACGUCAGGGAAUUUUGCAAUGUUAUUGAUUGUAAUCAAGAAAAUAGUUGUGCAAGAACUGAUGCCGUUUUUACCCCUUAUCCUGGAUUCAAAAGUCACGUGAAGGUUUCUAGAGUUGUGAAUACAUAUGGACCACAGACUAGAACUGAAGGAAUUCAAGGGUCAGGUCAUAAACCUAACAGCAUGCUUCGAGAUUGUGGUAAUCAGGCUGUAGAAGAACGACUACAAAAUAUUGAGGCCCACUUGCGAUUACAGACAGGUGGUCCGGUGCCAAGAGACAUUUAUCAGAGAAUUAAAAAACUUGAGGAUAAAAUCCUUGAAUUGGAAGGCAUCUCUCCUGAAUAUUUUCAAUCUGUACACUUUUCUGGAAAAAGAAGAAAGGUUCAACCACCUCAACAGAACUAUUCACUGGCUGAACUUGAUGAGAAAAUUAGUGCCCUCAAACAAGCCCUCCUCAGAAAAUCAAGAGAAGCAGAAUCCAUGGCAACUCACCACCUUCCAUGAAAAACUCCUCUCGUGCUUGUCAUUUUACUUUUUUAUAUACAUGUGUGUAACUUACACCAUAAUUAAUUAAACAGAUAUGUAUUUAUCAGUAUAGACUUCUCUGUAAAGUCAAGUUUAUUUUCAUGGGUCCAGCUUGCAACAAGUAAUCUUCAAAUAUUCCAGUGAGUUUUGAAAUAAUGAAUGCAUUCAAAAUAGCGUUGUUGGAAUGUAUUCCCUUCUGUUUUAAAGGAGGUAUUUUGGAAAUUGAAAAGCUUAAUUUAAAAGUACAACUUUUAUCCUUUCUGGACCACAGAAAGGAAGACUUAUUUUGAUAAUAAUAUUUAAAAGGACUUUAUAUUUAUAGCAUCAGUGUUGACCAGUUUAUUAGUUUAAAUCAGUACUUUGCAUAUAAUAGCAUUCAGCAAAAAUCUAUUGACUGAAAUGAAUUUUAAAUGCAUUGCAUGUAUAAACUUUUUUAUUUUUAGCUGUCAGUAUUAAUGUAAAUAAACAAUAAAUCUAACUUUAUCCCUU